AUGGCGACCCAACAAACCCGGCCGCCCCUCACCCACAGUGACCUCUGUGUGUUGGCCCAUAAAUACUUUCAGGCAGUCGAUACCAGAGACAUUGAUACUAUAGUAUCAUUUUUCGCUCCCGACGCAAUGCUCAGAGUUUAUACUGAUAACGUCACAUAUCAUGGCGCGGUAGAGAUUCGCGGCAUGUUUACUGGUUUCGUGAACAACUCCAAGACAAUUUUUCAUGAUAUCAAAAAUAUCAUUGUGGACCCAGUCACGAGGCGAGUCGCAAUUGAGCAGAGAUAUACAGGAGAGUUGAUUGAUGGGACGAGGAAUGAUAUGGAUAAUUGUAAUUUCUUUGAUGUUGAUGAAGAUGGCAAGUUUACUCGCGUGCUUAUUUGGAUGUCAGGAACGAAUCCACUGAAAUAG